AUGGCUGCCAACUCUCCCUACCAGUCUGCUUCGCUCUACGUGGGUGAUCUCAACCCCACCGUUACGGAGGCUCUCCUCUUCGAGAUCUUCAAGGCCGUCGGACCCGUGGCCUCCAUCCGCGUGUGCCGCGAUGCGGUGACGAGGCGCUCGCUGGGCUACGCGUACGUCAACUUCCACAACGUGGUCGAUGCCGAGCGCGCCCUCGACACGCUCAACUACACCCUGAUCAAGGGCCGCCCGUGCCGCAUCAUGUGGUCGCACCGCGAUCCGUCCAUCCGCAAGUCGGGCCAGGGCAACAUCUUCAUCAAGAACCUCGACAAGAGCAUCGACAACAAGGCGCUCUACGAUACGUUCUCGGCCUUUGGCAACAUCCUGUCGUGCAAGGUGGUGACCGACGGCAAGGGCAACAGCAAGGGCUACGGCUUCGUGCACUACGAGACCAGCGAGGCGGCCGACUCUGCCAUCGCCAAGGUCAACGGCAAGAUGCUGAACGGCAAGAUCGUCUACGUCGGCCGAUUCAUCGCGCGCAAGGAGCGCACCCCCGGCAGCGACCCCGAGAAGUUCACCAACAUUUACAUCAAGAACCUCGGCGAGGCCUACACCGAGGAGGACCUCAAGCGCGACUUUGGCGCCUUCGGUACGGUGCAGAGCGCAGUCCUGAUGAAGGACCCGCGCGACAUCGGCCGCCAGUUCGCCUUUGUCAAUUUCGAGGAUCACGAGGCCGCCCACCGCGCCACCGAGGAGCUCAACGGCCGCAAGCUCGGCGACAAGGAGGUCUACGUCGGCCGCGCCCAGAAGAAGUCCGAGCGCGAGUCCUUCCUCCGCAAGCUCCGCGAGGAGCGUGCCCAGAAGUACCAGGGCAUCAACCUCUACAUCAAGAACCUCGAUGACACCGUCAACGACGAGGAGCUCCACAAGCUCUUCUCGGCGCUCCCCUUCGGCCAGAUCACCUCCUGCAAGGUCAUGUCCGACGACAAGGGCAACUCCCGCGGCUUCGGCUUCGUCUGCUACACCAACCCCGAGGACGCCUCCAAGGCCGUCUCGGAGAUGAACGGCAAGAUGGUCGCCAACAAGCCCAUCUACGUCGCCCUCGCCGAGCGCAAGGACGUACGCUCCGCCAAGCUCGCCGCCCAGCACGCCGCCCGUGCCGCCGCCCGCGAGCGCAAGAACAUCAUCGGUGAGACGCUCUACCCGCUCGUGGAGGCCCUCACGUCGGCCACCCAGGGCCCCAAGAUCACCGGCAUGCUGCUCGAGUCGAUGGACGUCACCGAGCUCCUCCACCUGCUGCAGUCCCCCGACGCCCUCCGCGAGAAGGUCGACGAGGCCGUCGGCGUGCUCAAGGCCCACGAGGGCGAGGAGAACGGAGAUGCCCCCAACGAGAGCGCUUGA